CUUCGUUUUGAUUCAUUCGCAUUUGUGCUUCACAGUGAAGCGAUUACACGGCGCGCAAGCUUCUAAACAAGCCACACAACACUCAAUCAAACAUACGAGUAUACGACAUAGUCGAACCCUUUCGUUUUUCUUACAAUUUUUUUUUUGCUGCCAUCGAGAAGAACAAAAUAAAAAAAUAAAACAAUAGAAAGAAACAACAAUUCGAGACGUGUAAAGUGUUUGGUGUUAUUUUUGAUUUGCAAAUUUGUUCAAAGUAUUCAAAUUCAAAUGAACUGCAUUUACAAUUUAACGAAGUAGAGUGCACUCAAGGAUUAAUGAAUUUUUUAUUGCAGUGUAUCAAGCUGGCGAUUAAAUAAAGAAACAUUAGUAAAUUGUGAAAGAAAAUUCCUUAGAUAAAAACAAAAUACCCAUGUAUGUAUUCAUCGAUAAGUGCUAUUGAAUAAUAUAGAUUAAUUAAGGAAAUUACAAAUCAUUAGAAUUCCGGUUAUUUGAGAAUAAAAAAGAUAUUAUUAUAGCCGUAUGCAGAGUAGUACUAAAUGUCAUUCUAAAUUAAAAAACCAUAAAGUGGUGCUAAUUAUAAAUAGGACCAAAUAUUUUUAGACCAAAGCAAAGUCGUUAAUGGCCACACAAAUCCCAUUUAAAACUUGAAAGUAAAUUAAUAGCAAAUUAAAUGCGCUAAAAUAUUGACUUCAAUUUCUUAAUUCAAAUUAAAUUGCAAAUAGUUUAAAUGAGCGCAUAUUAGGAAUUUUGCAAAGAACCAGUUGAACAAAAAUAAAUUUUGCAGCAAAGUUCAAAGUAUUUGAUGAACAAAUGGUAUCUGCUCAGUGUGUGUAUGUGUGUUUUUUCGUUCUUUAAAUUUGCGCAUUUUUCGCUGGAGAAAAAACAACUAAAAUUGGCUGCGUCAUCUGGCAAUGCUCCGAUAAAAAAUAAACAAGCGUCAAACAUCCAUUCCUGAAAUUUAAACCGGCUACUAUUUCAUGUGAGAUGCAGUAUAAAAUAUAAAGUGAAACGAGAAUACUACUUGAAGCUUCGCUUGUGAGAAAUUCAUGCUUCUUCACACUUCACUACACUGCUUGUCUAAUGCAACAUUUUGAACGCGCAACACGUUCCACCGAAAAGGUAAAUUGAGCGAUAAAAAAUUAAAACGAAAAAGUUAAAUGCGGCGUUAGAAAAGUAGCAUUCCAAUUAAUAAGUAAAAUCAACAACAACAACCAGUAAUUGACCAUCGUACACAAGCUGCAGCCAAACAAGAAAACAUCGAAGUGGCAAUGGAAGACACCGCCUGUUUGAAGCCAUCGAGAGAUGUCGAAUUUCAAGAUGUUUACUACACCGUUAAGGAGCGCAAACAUUUCAUUAAAGUCACUGGCACCCGUCAAAUUUUACGCGGCGUGAGCGGCAGUUUUCGCAAUGGGCAAUUGUCGGCAAUCAUGGGUCCUUCCGGUGCGGGGAAGAGUAGUUUACUGAAUGCUUUAUCGGGUUUUCGUACCUCAGAUGUCAGUGGACACAUAAAAAUCGAACGCAAAGGUUCUUGCUAUAUCACCCAAGACGAUAAUCAUCAAACACUACUCACUGUCGAGGAACUAAUGGCGCUUAGCUGUAAUCUCAAAUUACCUCAUUCUAACCGUAAAACUGAGCUAAUUACUGAGAUACUUGAGAAUCUCCAUUUAAACCAUCGACGUAACAUCUACGCGGAAAAGUUAAGUGGCGGCGAGCGUAAACGUCUCUCAAUUGCACUCGAAUUGGUAGCGAAUCCUAAAAUAUUUUUUCUUGACGAACCCACCAGUGGUCUGGAUGAUGUGACAGCGGCGCAAUGCAUCCGUUUACUUAGUGAAUUGGCCAAACAGGGACUCACUAUUGUUUGCACAAUACAUCAGCCGUCAGCGACGAUUUUCAAUUAUUUCGAUAGUGUUUUUGUGUUAGCGAGCGGAAAAUGCGUCUACCAGGGUCCACCAGUUGCGGUCAUACCAUUUUUACGGCAUAUAAACGUGGAGUGUCCCAAGUAUUAUAGUCCAUCAGAUUACAUCAUUGAGCUUUGUGAUGCGGACGAUGGGAAAAUCAUACCUUUGCUGAGCGAGCUAACAGACAAUGGCAAAUGGAUAUAUGCACCACAACAGCAACACCAACAACAACAGCCACUACAAAUGCAGCAACAGCUAAAUGAAACAAAUGGCACGUCUGUGGUGUCGUUUCCGCGGCAGCGUUCCAAAGAUUUUCAUCAAGCGGUGAAAACUUUCUUCGUAGAGGAGCCAAAGCGUAGUCGUUUGCAACAUUUGCUCUGGGCCGGCACGAAUUUCUCCACCGAUGGUACGCUUAUUGGCGGUGUGACAGCAUUUUAUGAGCACUUGAAAAACUUUACUAAGCUGCUCGAUCCCGAACGUGAGAAUACCUCGGGUUUCCAUCAGUUCUGUGUGCUUUUGAAAAUGAUGUUGGUGCGCACAAUGCGCUCCCGAGUUAUUUUGCUCAUACAGUUUUUGCAUCAUGUGUUGACGGCGUUGUUUUUCGGCUUGAUUUUCUUAAAUCUGGGAAAUCAGGGCUCGCGCAUGUUUGACCAUUUGAAAUUCUGCAUUGGCGUUGUUAUAAUCAUCGCAUAUACGCAAGUCAUGGUGCCCAUAUUGAGCUAUCCCAUGGAAAUAAAAAUCGUACGGAAAGAGACAUUCAAUCGCUGGUAUAAGCUAACACCCUAUUAUAUGGCUUUGAGUAUUUCACGUUUGCCCUUACAGAUCUUUUUGAAUAUGAUAAUGCUCACGAUCAUUUAUUGGAUGACUGGACUGCCGGCACAAUGGUGGCGUUUCGGCUUGUUUUCCUGUGUUGGUUUAAUGACAUCGCUGAUUGGAGAAGGCAUGGGAUUGGCUAUUGGAAUGACAUUCAGUAUAACGAAUGGCAGCGCUGUUGGUCCACUGACACUGGCUCCUCUCCUCGGCUUAGCUGUCUAUGGUUUCGACUUUGCCCCACAAAUACCAUACGCAAUGAAUCUUCUCAUGAAAUUCAGUUAUAUACGAGUCGCAGUACUGGCGUUAAUACUUUCAGUUUUCGGUUUUGAUCGUCCAAACUUGGAGUGCAGUGAUAUCUACUGUCAUUUCGCUGAUCCACGAGUGCUGCUUAAGUUCCUGGAUAUUGAACACUUAUCAAUGUGCUACCUUUUCUCGCUACUCACAAUACUAAUGCUCUUCUACCGAGUCCUAAUGUAUUUGAGUUUGUGCAGACGUUGUGGCACCUGAGGGUUAAUGUUAGUUAUUAAAUGUAAAUGUGAUUUCUAGUAUUAAGUGGUGAAGUUAGGGUUAAUAAAAAAGAAAAAAAGGUUUGAUGGUUAAUAUUAGUUGCUGCUUAAGCAUGUUUGUAGGUGUAUAUGAAAUCGUUAGUGGGCAAUUUAAUGCUGUGAUAAAAAAUAUUUUAAUAGCUUUAAGAUAUUUAUAGUGUCUUUAGUAACUUAAAUUGAAAACAAACCAUUUUUAUAGCACAGAAAGCAAACUUUUUAUACUUACGAGUUCGAGGGUCUCCAGUUAAAUUUAACAAAACUUUUAAAUGUACAUUUUUUUAAGACCGAAAGCGAGUUUAUUUUUAUAAGAUACUUAAAAAUAUUCCAUUGUCUUUACAUACAUAAUAAACAUUUAAUAAAAAGCAGGGCUUCUUUCUUUGAAAACAUUAAGCAUAUAGACAUUUCUUGUUCUUCAUUUUACUCUAUAACUUGCAACAA